AUGGCUGUUGGAUCUACCAACUCAGCCGUUCACAUCACCAAUAGUGAUGUGAACGCUACGAAUGGCGAUUUGGCCAAUGGAACAAGCCACGCCUAUCAGUACUCGCAUCAUCCUUCGAGAAAAGCGCGGCCCAUGAGAAUCGUUGUCAUCGGCUGUGGUAUUUCCGGCAUUGCGGCAGUGAAGAUGUUCAAAGACCGAUUUCAAGGCCAGCCGAUUGAACUCGUCAUCUAUGAGAAGAACAGUAAUGUCGGAGGCACGUGGUUUGAGAAUCGUUAUCCUGGGUGCUCUUGCGACGUACCGUCUCAUACAUACACAUUCUCGUGGAAGGGAAAUCCAUAUUGGUCUCGAGUCUACGUGGAUUCCACAGAGAUUCGCAACUACUUUACGGCCGAGGCUAAGGCAUACGGCGUACCGGAGCAUGUGCGAUUCCAGCACCGGGUCACUGAAGCUCGAUGGAAUGAGGCUAACGGACAGUACGAUCUCAUCGUCGAGGAUCUCUCCCGCGGCGAGACGCUCACCGACAAAGCUGAGGUACUGAUCAACGCGUCUGGAAUAUUGAACUCGUGGAAAUGGCCCGAUCUCCCAGGCCUGCACACAUUCAAAGGCACACUUCUCCACUCGGCACACUAUGAUACUUCCGCCAAACUCGAAGGCAAGGUUGUGGGUGUCAUUGGUACGGGUUCGUCCGGCAUUCAGAUCGUUCCUCAGGUCCAAGCAGUUGCGAAACACUUGCACACCUUCCACCGCUCGGCCACGUACAUCACUCCGGAGCUGGCUCUCGAGCUCGCGCCUAAUGGUAGAGAUACCAUGUACUCGCCGGAACAGCAGAAAAGGUGGGCCGACAACCCAGAGGAGUUCCUUGUAUUCCGGAAGCGAGCCAUCCAUGUCCUGAACACCGGAUUCGAGACGAUCCGCAAGAACUCUAAGGACCAGAGGGAGACCCUGCAGAUGAUCAAGGAGCAGAUGAAGAAGCGCCUUGCCAAGAAGCCUGAAUUGAUCCCUUUGCUGAUCCCGGACUUUGCUUUGGGUUGCCGUCGUUUUACGCCCGGUGAUGGAUAUCUCGAAGCGCUCUGUGAAGACAACGUGACAGUGCAAACCCAAGAAAUCACCGAGGUCGUUUCUGAUGGUCUGAUCGUCAGCGACGGCACCAAGGUCGAGCUCGAUGUCCUCAUCUGCGCCACUGGAUUCAACACUUCGUUCUGCCCUCCCUUCAAACUGAUCGGAGAAGAUGGUGCCGUUCUCAAUGAGGUCUGGAAGGACGGUCCGCGAGGCUACUUGGGAUUUGCGGCGUCCCGAUUUCCUAACUAUUUUAUGACCGCCGGUCCCAACGCGCCCGCCGCGCAUGGUACAUUCAUUCCGUGCAUCGAGGCUUACAUCCAGUACGCCUUUGACGUGGUCGAGAGGCUGAUGACGGAAAAUAUCAAGUCCAUCUCGCCCAAGAAGGAGGCGGUGGAUGACUUCCAGGAGCACAAGGACAACAUUGUCAAGGACUUGGUGUGGACUUCGACCUGUCGAUCAUGGUAUAAGAAUGGAACAGUGGACGGCAAGGUCUGGGGCCCCUGGCCAGGCUCAGGACCUCAUUUCAUGGAAUCCAUCUCACGACGACGUUGGGAAGAUUGGGAUUACAAGUACCACACCUCCAACCGCUUCCAGUAUUUGGCCGAUGGAAGCACGGCGAUGGAGCACGACGGGACUGAGUUAUCUUGGUUCAUAAAAUAGGUCAGUCAUCAGUAGCAUUAGAUGUUUGCAUAUCAAGGCGCUCUACUUGAUGGGAUCUUGUUCUCUCGGGUUACGGGAGACGGAGAUGAGUAUGUAAGC